AUGGCAGAUGUUUCUCUGUCAGCUGAGGAUCCACUUUGCUGUAUAAUCUGUCUGGAUCUCCUGAAGGAUCCAGUGACUGUUCCCUGUGGACACAGUUACUGCAUGAGCUGUAUUGAGGGCUUCUGGGAUCAGGACGAUCAGAGAAGAGUCUACAGCUGCCCCCAGUGUAGACAGACCUUCACUCCAAGACCUGUUCUGAGGAAAAAUGUAAUGCUGGCUGAACUGGCCGAGAAAAAGGAGAUGACACAACCCCAAGCUGCUCCUCCUGCUGUCUGGUAUACUGGACCUGGAGAUGUGGAGUGUGACAUCUGCACUGGGAGAAAACUCAAAGCUGUCAAAUCCUGUCUGAUGUGUCUGGCUUCAUUUUGUGAAACUCACCUCCAAACCCAUUAUGAAUCUCCUGCUUACAAGAGACACAAGCUGGUCAAAGCUUCUGCACAGUUACAGGACAGGAUCUGCUCUCAACAUGACAAACUAGUGGAGAUUUACUGUCGCACUGACCAAAAAAUGAUCUGCUAUUUGUGUACAAUGGAUGAACACAAAGGCCAUGAUACAGUCUCAGCAGCAGCUGAAAGGACUGAGAAACAGAGACAAUUGGGAGAGGCCAAGAGAAAAUCCCAGCAGAGAAUCCAGGAGAGAGAGAAGGAGCUGCAGGAGCUGGAACAGGCUGUGAAGUCUCUCAGGAUCUCUGCACAGACAGCAGUGGAGGACAGUGAGAGGAUCUUUACUGAGAUGAUUGAGUCCAUUGUGAGAAGACGAUCUGAGGUGAUAGAUCAGAUCAGAGCUCAGGAAAAGGUUGCACUGAAUGUGGCUGAAGAUCACAUAAAGAAAGUGGAGCAGGAGAUUUCUGAUCUGAGAAAGAGAGACACUGAGCUGGAGCAGCUUUCACACACAGAGGAUCACAUCCAUUUCCUCCAGAGUUUCCAGUCUCUCUAUGUUCAGUUUGGACAUAAAGAAGCACCCAGCCUGACUGUCAAACCAGUCUUCUCACUUGAAGACGUGAGGAAAUCUGUCUCUGAAAUGAAAAGCAGUCUGCAAGACUACCUCAAUGAAGAGACAGUCAAGAUUUCAGAAGAAGUUAACAAAGAAUGGCUUUUCUUGCCCACUGAGCCCGGAUCCAGAGAGGAGUUUUUACAGUAUUCCUGUCAGCUCACACUGGAUCCCAACACAGCACAUAGACUCCUCCGUCUGUCUAAGAAGAACAGAAAGGCAACAGUGGGUCAGACGCAGGCAUACCCUGAUCAUCCAGACAGAUUUGAUCGGUGGGAGCAGGUUCUGUGUAGAGAGAGUUUGUCUGGACGCUGUUACUGGGAGGUUGAGCGGACUGGGUGGAUUUCUGUAGCCGUCUCGUAUAAAGACAUCAGCAGGAAGGGAAGAGGUAACGAGACAGGGUUUGGACUCAAUAAUCAGUCCUGGAGUUUGGACUGUUAUAGUUCCUGUUAUGCUUUAAGGCACAAUAAUACAGUGACUGAAUGCCCAGUUGUAGCCAGCUUUUCUAGAAUAGGAGUGUAUCUGGACCACAGGGCAGGAACUCUGUGCUUCUAUGGCAUCUCUGACGCAAUGACCCUCCUCCACAGAGUCCAGACCACAUUCACUCAGCCCCUCUAUGUUGGAUUUUGGUUCAAUAUUAAUUUUUCAGAAGCAGUUCAGAUUUUAUAUUUAAAGUAG